AUGUCUGACUCAUCAGGACUUACUGGAGAAGGAACUGGUGGAGAUGUUUUCAAAGUCGAUUUAAACACCCAAUUCGAUCGUGCCGAUAUGGCAUGGAUCGGUACCGCAUCAGUACUAGUAUGGAUCAUGAUACCCGGUGUUGGUUUACUAUAUUCAGGUUUAUCAAGAAAAAAACACGCUCUUUCAUUAAUGUGGGCUUCAUUAAUGGCUGCUUGUGUCACUGCCUUUCAGUGGUUCUUUUGGGGUUACUCGUUGGUUUUCGCACAUAAUGGGUCCAAGUUCUUGGGAACUUUACAAAAUUUCUGUUUGAGAAAUGUGUUGGGUGCUCCAGGUGUUGUUACUUCUGUGCCUGAUAUCUUAUUCUGCUUGUACCAAGGUAUGUUUGCUGCAGUCACUGCAAUUUUGAUGGUUGGUGCUGGUUGCGAAAGAGCACGAUUGGGACCCAUGAUGGUUUUCUUGUUUGUAUGGUUGACUGUCGUUUAUGCUCCCAUUGCUUACUGGACAUGGGGUGGCAAUGGAUGGUUAUUCAACUUGGGAGCUUUGGAUUUUGCUGGUGGUGGGCCAGUUCAUGAAAACUCUGGGUUUGCUGCUUUGGCCUAUUCACUUUGGUUGGGUAAAAGACACGAUCCAUUGACUCAAGGUAAAGUUCCUAAAUAUAAACCACAUUCUGUAUCUUCUAUUGUGUUGGGAACUGUGUUUCUUUGGUUUGGAUGGUUUGGUUUCAAUGGUGGUUCAACAGGUAAUGCCAAGAUGAGAUCUUGGUAUGCUUGUGUCAACACAAAUAUUGCUGCUGCAUGUGGUGGUUUGACUUGGAUGUUUGUUGACUACUUUAGAACUGGCGGUAAGUGGUCCACUGUUGGUUUAUGCACUGGUGCAAUUGCUGGAUUGGUUGGUAUCACCCCAGCUGCUGGUUACGUGCCAGUAUACACCUCAAUUAUAUUUGGAAUUGUACCUGGUAUCAUUUGUAACUUUGCCGUUGACUUGAAGCAAUACUUGCAAAUCGAUGACGGUAUGGACGUUUGGGCUUUACAUGGAGUAGGGGGAUUUGUUGGAAACUUUAUGACAGGCUUGUUUGCUGCUGAUUACGUUGCAAUGAUUGAUGGUACUGAAAUUGAUGGUGGCUGGAUGAAUCAUCACUGGAAGCAAUUGGGUUACCAAUUGGCAGGAUCGGUUUCAAUUGCUGCGUGGUCAUUUGUUGUUACUUCCAUCUUGCUAUUGGCUAUGGACAGAAUUCCAUUUUUGAGAAUCAGAUUACAUGAAGAUGAAGAGAUGUUGGGUACCGACUUGGCACAAAUUGGUGAGUAUGCUUACUACAAUGAUGAUGAGGAUCCAGAAAACAGUCCAUACGUUUUGGAACCAAUCAGAUCAACUGAUGCCAUGAGAGAGAGGUUGAAAGCUGCCACUUCAAACAAUGUAAAUGAUAAUGGUGUUCAAUCUCCUGUUCAGAUUGAUGGUGUGGCUCAAGUGCAGAAUGAUACCGAUAAUACUAAUAGUGUUGAAUCAAAAAAAUAA